AUGUCAAAAGCGUCGAUGUGGAGCCUCGACACGGAUGAACAUGACUCGCUGGAAUCAGACGCAGAGUACGUUGAGUGGCGUGCCGAUAGCACACGCCGCAACACUUUCAAAGGAGCUGGAGGCACAACACAAAAGACUGCGUCGCCUAGCAGUCCAAACAUAAGCAGCAAUCAUAGAGCGGUGUCUUUUGGUGAAGAACGGGAACCGCGUUUGUACGCUGGAGCAGCAAAUAUUCCAUCCGAACCAAGUGUGACAUCAUUCUCUUCGGCGGCCGAGGAAGAUGAGGUACUUGAAUUACGUACUGCGAGGGAGCAACAGCACGCGCAAUUUGUGAAAGUCGCUAAAAUCGUUGUGCUCUUUACAAUCUGGUUUAUAUUCACGGGUUUGCUUUUGGUUCAACCCGAACAUGAGCAUCCACAAUCCAAUUUCAUAUGCGUCAACAAUGGCACAGAGAAGGUUUUCCAUGUGCCCGAAGAGUCGCUAUCGAAUGGAUUUUUCAUUACCGCCACCGGACCAUUUAUAAUGCUCUCCAAGAAUCAGUUGAAAAAACUGGCGGGCAAAGAGAAAACACUGACUAUACAGCUGCUACAAAUGAUUGGUGAAGAGCGACAUGAAGCCACCAAACCGUGGGUGUUAUAUUUGGCAGACACUAAGAAUUUGGAUGAUAUACAUAUUGUGGAACGUAAAAAACUGUUCGCCUUGCAAUAUAUGUCUGCGGAGGGUAGCAAAAAGUUGCAAAUCAGCAUGAUCACCAAUAUAGAGCAACCGUUGUCUCUGGAGUUCUUUUAUGAGCCGUCGCCGAUCAACUUGGAAGUUGGCAUUAUUGUUGCGCUAUUACUUAUAGUUGGUUUAUAUUUUCUGCUGAUGCUUGAUAUCGUGCAUCGUGCGCUGGCAAUAAUUGUCUUCUGUACGCUCGCUAUAUCCUUGCUGGCGCUACUGAACUUGCGACCUUCGUUGCGCACCAUCAUCGAUUGGAUUGAUUUUGAAAUACUACUCGAGCUAUUCGGCUUGACGCUCAUCAUUGCCAUCUUAGCAGAGACGGGCAUUAUCGAUUAUGUCACCGUACGCAUCUACGAGAUCUCGAAUGGUCAUAUCUGGCCCAUACUGAACUGCUUGUGUCUGAUCACUUUGGUGUUCUCAUCGCUACUCGAUAACAUACUGAUGAUGUUAUUGAUUGCACCGAUAACGAUGCGUGUCUGCGAACUCAUGCAACUCAAUCCGAUGCCAUUGCUCUCCUGCCUGAUUAUCUAUGCGAAUGUUGGCGCCACUCUGACGCCAAAUGGCAUGACACCGAGUGAAUAUGUCUUGGCGCAUGAGGUUUUACGGCGCGAGGGCAUCGACGGUUAUGUUUUCAUCGAACACGUUUUACCUGGUACAUUGAUAGCGGGAGCAAGCGCCUACCUAUAUAUGCGCAUACUAUAUCACGACUCGAAUACGAUGCGUUAUAAGGAUGGUGCCGAGAUUGAGCGAUUGCGUCGCGUAAUUAAGGUGUGGUCACGCACCGCCAAGAGUAUUAGUCCAUAUUCGAAAGAUGAACAGGCUAUGCGUGAUACAGUCUUGUCGAAGGUACGACGUUUGCGUAGACGCUUGAAACGUAUUGGUAAGAUGCCAGCACCACCGCCGGACUACAAGGAAACGGUGAAGGCGCUUAAAACGGAAUUUAAAAUUACCGAAAAGGCGCUCCUGUUCAAAUGCUGCAUUGUCUUGUUUUUCGUCUUUUCACUUAUCAUACUGCAUCUCGUGCCGAAUUUGCAUUUCCUAUCUACGGCUUGGACCGCGCUGCUCGGCUGCAUACUGCUGCUCAUAUUGGCCGACAAUGAGGACUUCGAUGGCAUACUCGGUCGCAUUGAGUGGUCGACAAUGCUUUUUCUCGCCUGCGUCAUUGUAUUCUCUGAGGCCACAUCGCAGAUGGGCCUAUUCGAUGCGAUUAGCAAUUUUACGGGCAAUCUUAUUAGUUACAGCAGUUCGAAUGCGCGCUUAGUUGUCGGCAUUCUGAUAGCCGUAUGGUGGUCGGCAUUUUGUGCCGCUUUUCUUACCGAUCCGUCGGUAACCUCAUUAAUGUUACGUGCCGUCACCGUGGCCGUGGAAGAUAUCGAAGAGGAACAGCUGCCGCUACAGCCGCUCAUUUGGGCUGUAAUAUUGGGCUCCGGCUUGGGCUGUAUGGGUACUAUAAUCGGUACCUUUGCAAAUGUCAUAUGCGCCGGCUUGGCGGAGAAACAUGGCUAUAAUUUUCCGUUCCUCUACUAUUGCAAGGUCGGUUUCCCCAUUAUGUUGGUGUGUAUGACGAGCGUUACCAUAUAUUUGAUGAUUGCGCAUGUGAUCUUUCAUUGGCAUUAA